AUGCCCUCAUCAUGCAAGCAGAGCGUGAAGCUCUUUGGUCCUCCUAGUGGCCAUGAGCUUAGCUUCGCGCAAAAGCAAAAAGUAGCCGAAGCUGGAUUCAAAAUCCACAAAUCCGAAGUUUGCUACCACGUUUUGGGGCUGUCCGAAACAGACUCAAGACUGGAGAGCAUUCUGGAAGCAAAAAGUCGAGAAUCCGGUCUAGAUGAAUCUUCAUCAAGUCCAUCAUCGUCCUCAUCUUCUUCGACAUUCGUCGUCGAGGUCGGACCGCGACAGCAGUUCACAUCUGCGCAGAGCACACACAGUGUGUCAAUAGCCCAAGCAUGCGGUUUGUCGUCGGUGGAGAGGAUCGAGAGGACGAAACGCUUUUUAGUGUCCUCAGCUACAAGAGGGGAAAGCGCUUCAACAUCGUCAACUAGCUCUUCAUCGAGUAAGGCAGAAGCAUUUGCUUCACUUGUCCACGACAGGAUGACAGAAUGCGUUUACAGUCUCGAAUCUUCUGAUGGUGCUGGGACAAUAUUCGACCACGGUACCUCCACUACCAGUGGUGCAACUCCAUCACCAACAUCUUCCAGCAGUUGUUCAGCCGUGAAGAGAAUCCCAGUUUCUUCCUCUUCAACGGAAGCCGCUGGUAUCUCAGCUUUAGAGGAGUUCUCCAAACAAAACGGUCUCGGUUUCGACGCUGACGACAUUGCUUACUACCACAAGCUCUUCGCUGAGGAACUGAAACGGGAUCCCACAGACGUCGAACUAUUCGAUUUAGCGCAGGGGAACUCGGAACACAGUAGACACUGGUUUUUUGGCGGCAAGAUGGUCAUCGAUGGGGAGGAGCAGGAAAAGACGCUAUUUCAGAUGGUCAAGAACGCGUACAAGUUGAAGGAGGUACUUUCUUGUACUGUACCACUCCGACGAGUGUGAUCAUGUUUCUUCUAUGAAGAUGUUGUUGUUGUUCUUGUUGUUGUUGUUGUUGUUCGACGAACUACUGGCCCGAAUAAUUUUUUCAAUUUUCAUCCGAAAGGAUACACUGCUGCAACUCACUGUAUCAUCCUGCCGGUAGACUACGACUAGAAGCACUACUAAGGAUGCGAAUGAAUGUAUGAAUCACAGGCUCUCCCACCAGAGCAGAACAGUUCCACGAUCGCUUUCGAAGACAAUUCUUCUGCUCAGCGGGGCAGCGAAGUCACUAUCCCACUUCCAGCUGCCAGCGGAACUUAUCCCGGACCCUACAAGCGAGAACAGCAAGAUCUGGACAUCACCUUAACCGCAGAAACGCACAACUUCCCUUGUGGCAUCGCCCCAUUGCCUGGCGCAGAGACCGGUUCCGGCGGCCGCAUGCGCGACAACCACAGCACUGGCCGUGGCGCUUACGUCCAAGCAGGUGUCGCUGGCUACUGCGUCGGCAAUUUGUCGAUUCCUGGCUACGUCCAACCCCACGAAGGAGCACUCCUCGAAGAAGCUGGCUAUCCAGCGAAUAUGGCGAAACCUUUGGACAUCUUGAUUUCCGCAUCGAAUGGUGCCAGUGACUACGGCAACAAAUUUGGAGAACCUCUGGUUGCAGGGUUCACGAGAUCUUUUGGCACGAUAAUUCAACUUCAAGAAAGUACUUCUACAGAAGGAGACUCUGUUGACUCGACGAAGCCAGAACGUGUCGAAUGGAUCAAGCCCAUCAUGUUUAGUGGUGGUCUAGGUCGCAUGCUGCAUUCCCACGUCGAGAAGAAAACGCCGCAAAAGGGCAACUUGAUCGUAAAAAUCGGAGGACCCGCUUACCGCAUCGGCGUAGGCGGUGGCGCGGCGAGCUCGAUGGUUGCUGGUGACAACAAGGUGGAACUGGAUUUCAACGCCGUGCAACGCGCUGACGCGGAGAUGGAAAGAAAGUGUGAGUGCGUGAUUCGAGCAUGCUUGGAACUGGGUGACAAGAAUCCGAUUUUGUCGAUCCACGAUCAAGGUGCUGGGGGAUCAGGGAAUGUCUUGAAGGAGAUUUGCGAUCCAGCUGGCGCAAAAAUCGAUCUGAGCAAAAUGCUAUGCGGGGACAAGAGCAUGACAGCUUUGGAAUUGUGGGUAGCGGAAUUUCAAGAAAACGACUGCCUCUUACUUGAUGCUCGCCAUUUGCCUUUGUUCGAAAAGAUCUGUGAGCGCGAAAAACUACCAUUCGCAGUGGUGGGUGAAGUGACGGGGGAUGGACAGGUUGAAGUGGGGUAUGCGGGCGAGAAGAUUGUAGACUUGCCAUUGGAGAAGGUGUUGGGGAAAAUGCCACAGAAGACGUUUCACACAGAACGAAUGGCGCCACGAUUUAGCAAGCAUCAGGCUCUGCCAGAGGAUUUGACCAUUCCGAAGGCGUUGGAUCAGGUACGAUCUUCACUUUCUCAACAACGUGGCACGUUGUUGAGAAAGGAAUUUGAGUUUGAGAUUCGGUGCUUAGCUUGGAAUUUUAUCUAUCAAUUUGAAUUUGAGUCAUUUGAUUAAAUUUUUUCACUCAAAUUCACAAGGGACCACUUUUCUUCACAAUUUCCAUCCACAGAUCCUCCGUCUCGUCUCUGUUUGCUCCAAACGUUUCCUGACGAACAAAGUCGACCGCAGUGUCACAGGCUUGGUUGUCCAGCAACAAUGCGUCGGACCCUUGCAUACGCCUCUUGCGGAUUGCGCGGUCGUCGCACAUUCACCACUUUCGAAUCAUGGCGCUGCAGUCAGUAUUGGAGAACAGCCAUUGAAGGGGUUAUCGGGUGAUAUCGUCGACUUGCAGAGACAGGCCAAACUGACGGUCGCGGAAGCAGUGCUGAAUAUGAUUGGUACAACUCGAACUCCUGCUCCUGCAAGGCGCGGCCUUAUUUAUCAUCUUGUUCUUUCAUUUUUACGACAAUUUCAUUCUCUCCGAGUAGAUUUUUACGACAAUUAUUCUUCUCGUGUAACCUGAUUUUCAUCUGAUUCUAACUACGAUUCCAACCUGCCUUGUCAAUCUGUUCUUCCCACGACAGGUGUCCAAAUCAGUUCUCUCGAAGACGUCCGUGCCUCUGGCAAUUGGAUGUGGCCUGCUAAGUUUGAGGGCGAAGGCGCCAAGAUGUAUGAGGUAUGCCAGAGCCUCUGUGAAUGCAUCGAAUUUCUUGGUUUUGCCAUUGAUGGCGGCAAAGAUUCCCUCUCCAUGGCUACGCGUACUAAGGAGCAUGGGGUUGUCAAAUGCCCGGGCGAGGUGGUUUUGACCUGCUAUGCUCGUGUGCCAGAUGUCAGGUGUCGGAUUACACCGGAGUUCAAGCGUGCUGGGAGUCGGAUUCUUUUUGUGGAUUUCUCUCCGUCUAGUGGUUCUGAAGAAACAUGUCGUGAACUUCCGAGUGAACAAUUAGCUGGGACAGCCUUGGCUCAGAUUUGCAACCUGCAAACAAAAGGCGCGCCAGACGUUGAUCUUGACAAACUCAAGCGCGUCUGGAAGAAAUUCCAGCAAAGCUACAUCUUUGAUCGUGUUCUGGCUGUUCACGACGUCUCAGAUGGCGGAUUUGUAGUUGCGUUACUCGAGAUGUGUUUUGCUGGAAAUCUAGGUGCUGACAUCUCCGCUCCGGGUAUUCGCUCUGCUAAACCGUCUGUAGCUUUGCCGAAAUUGUUCCGAGAGUCGCCAGGUCUCAUUCUCGAAGUCGCAGAAGGUGCUGAUGCAGCGAUUGUUGCGGAAGCUUUGGGUGCGGUGACCGUUGGACGAGUCCUUUCCGAUGACGUAGUUGCAGUGGCAAACGACAGGGGGGAAGAACUACUCGCACCCACAUCGAUGAAGCAGCUGCGAGACACGUGGGAAGCGACGAGCUUUGAGCUGGAGAAACAACAAGUAGCGUUGGAAUGCUUGACGCAAGAGCGCAUGGGGUUGCUAGUACGAGAAGGACCAACGGCAUUAUUCGAAUCCAGCGGUGAACAACUUUUCUCUGAGGGUUCGGCAUUGAAAGCGGAGAUGGAACAGGAUUUGAAAGAAAGGUUUAGUGGUGGCAGUACGAGCUCAUCUUUUUCGUCCACUACUACUUUUAGCAAUAAGAUUCCGCUAGCCGUCCUUCGAGAAGAAGGCAGCAACGGUGAACGUGAGAUGUCUUGGGCUCUGGAGGCUGCUGGAUUCGAGCCAUGGGAUGUCACUAUGACGGAUUUAGAGAAAGGAGUUGUGAAACUAGAGCAAUUUCGUGGCCUGAUCUUUGUCGGAGGGUUCUCGUUCGCAGACACUCUGGGUUCCGCAGCUGGUUGGGCGGCUAAAAUCAAGUACAACGUCGGACUCAAGAAACAGUUCGACGAUUUCCGAGCCAGGGAAGACAGUUUCUCUCUAGGAAUCUGCAACGGCUGUCAAUUGAUGUCACAGCUUGGAUGGCUCGGAGACGACGUGCGAUUGAAACAAAAUGCUAGCGGCCGGUUCGAGAGCAGGUUUGUCGCAGUGAAAUGCGAAGAAUCUGCGAGCAUGUGGCUGAAAGGUUUAGCAGGUGCAACGCUUGGCGUCUGGGUCAGUCAUGGAGAAGGCAGGUUCGACUUUGGAGGUUCAUUGGGAGGUUCAUGUUGCGAAACCGCUUUCUCCUACGUCGACGAUUCGGGCAAACCCACUACCCAGUACCCGAUGAAUCCAAACGGUAGUCCAGACGGUAUUGCGGGUUGCUGUUCAAAGGAUGGCCGUCAUCUCGCUUUCAUGCCACAUCCGGAAAGGAGCUACUUGACCUGGCAAAUCCCGCUGUAUGAUGGCAUGCCGGAGAUCGAGGUGGGUGAGAUGUCCUUCACACCAUGGAUCAGGCUGUUUCAGAAUGCUUACAACUGGUGCGCUUCAUCCACUGCUGCAUCUUUUGCUUCGGUACUAGCGGAUGCUUCUUGUGCAGUCUCCGAGGAUGGCCAGAGCAGCAGCAACAAGGGCUCGUCUGGUGAACGAUCGUUGUCGCAGCUCGUGUCUGCUAGCGAUCUCCCAUCACCAUCAAAACGGUCGAAACGCGGUCUGCAGGCGUCUCCGAUUAAGAAAGCCACCGGACGAGCGAGACUGCCGACAACGAAUAUGCAGAGGUUAUAUUCGAUGACGGUUCAACAUCCGCCUGAUACAACUAGUCUUCCUGUCAAGUCUACUUCAAGUUCAAGUACAACCUCUACCUCAACAACUUCUUCAGCAUCUACUCAGCCUCCAGUCCUUCUUCGACUCGGAGUCUUGCUAAGCGGUUCAGGCAGCACCUUGCAAAACAUCCUGGAUCACGUCGCGGAUGGAAGCUUACCGAAUUGCAUCGUGAAGACCGUAGUCAGCAGCCGCAAGGACGCUUAUGGGAUCACUAGGGCAGAAAAAGCAGGCAUUCCAGUUCAGGUAGUUGAGAGUCGGAAAUUCAAGAAGAAAGAGGACAUCACAGCGACUACUUCUACGGGUUCAGGUUCAGAAGUGGACUGGUCAGCAAUGUCACAGGCUGUCACAUCCGCACUAGGUGACGUGGACGUCGUAGUUCUUGCUGGUUUCAUGUGCAAGUACGAAGUGCCAACCAAAUACGCAAAUCGCGUGAUCAACGUCCAUCCAAGCCUCUUGCCGGAAUUUGGAGGUCAAGGCAUGUACGGAGACCACGUACAUGAGGCGGUUCUGAAAGCAGGAGCAGCAAAAAGCGGCUGCACUGUGCACAUUGUGACGAAUGAUGGGUACGACAAGGGACCGAUUUUGUUGCAGAAAGAGCUAAGCCUAAAGCGCAGUGACAACAUCACUGAAGUAACAGCUCUUCGUGAAAGCGUCCAAGCUCUGGAGCGUCAAGCUUUGAUUGAUGUGCUGAAAUCAUUUUGCAAAAUCGGUGUGGCCACGGGGGUUCGGAAUGCGUUGUCGCAUGAAGGAGUGCUAAUAGACGAGACAGGAGCAGCUGGAGCAGAUGCAAAAGCAAUCAUGACCACGACGGAAAAACCCACUAUGAAGCCCAUAGUGAGCAGUCAGCAAAGCAAAUCGACAGUCGAUGCGAGUACUAGUGAGGCAGAAAGUAGUUUUAUUUCCACAACAACAGGCGGCGCAGGCGUACAUGCAGGAGCAGUGAAUCUCGUCACCGACGAUCGUCCAAAGCACGAAUGUGGGAUCGCGUUGAUCCGCCUUCUCAAGCCGCCAGAGUACUAUCAGAAGAAGUACGGCACUGACAAGGUUGGCGUCGAUUUAAUGUAUUUAAGGGUAAAAAGUUAAAGGCGUUCUUGUUAUCGUUCGUUUUGCCUUUCUAACGGGGGAAAGGCAUAACGGACGGGGUAAACGAACGCCAAAAGCCUACCGCUAAUGUGUGUCUGUUUGGAAAAGCAACGAAAUCGAGGACAAGAUGGGGCUGGUGUCGCUUGUGUCCGCUCAGAUUGUCAUCCGGGAGAAAGCUACGUCGAUGUCUGCAAGAGCAACGCCAAAAACGCGAUCGAAGACUUGUUUGAUAACAAAGUUCCAGCAGCAAGAGGCAAGAAGGCCUUUCAAGGUGAAGUUUAUCUUGGACAUGUGCGCUAUGGUACGUUUGGCAACAACAGUAUCGACGAUUUGCAUCCGUUUGUGCGCGAAUCAAACUGGCGAAGCAAAUGCGCUUUGUUGGCUGGAAACUUCAAUCUGACCAAUAGCGAUUGGCUCUUUGACCGUCUAGUCGAAGCAGGACAACACCCAAAAGCCAAAUCUGAUACCGUCACUUGUUUGGAAAUCAUCGGCCAAGCUUUGGACGCAGAGAACAACCGCAAAUACGUCAGCUUCAGUAGUCAGGGACACUUGCCACGCAAAUGCCAGGAAUUAGUGGAAGAAAACCUAGACUUGAAGAAAAUCUUAUCUGAAGCAGCGUGUGAUUGGGAUGGCGGGUUCGCGAUGGUCGGGGUUUUGGGAACUGGAGACGCCUUUGCAAUCCGGGACCGACAUGGCAUCCGACCUUGUUUCCACUGGUGCGACGAUGAGUUUUUGGUUGUCACAUCGGAAAGGGGAGUAAUUGCGAGCGCAUUCAAUGUACUGCUUCUGUUGAAUUUGAUUUAUUUGGAUGACGCUGUGAUGAAAUCGUCCUGUUUCGACUUUUUUCGACGCAUCAAACAUCAAUAUGAUGAAAGUAGCACCAAUCGUUCAACUUCGCCUAUCUUGCUCACCAACGACCAUUCAGGUUUCCGACCACAGCAAGAUUCAUGAGUUGACUCCCGGUUCCGCACUCAUUAUCCGCGGUGGCGAAGACGCGAAUUACACUGAGCAACAAAUUUUACAGGCCGAGACCCCCAGUAAGUGCGUCUUCGAACGCAUUUACUUCAGUCGCGCCAAUGAUCCAGACAUCUACAGAGAACGAUUGGCACUCGGGAGGCAACUAGCGAUGCCAGUAUUGGAGAUUCUCGGUGAGGAGUGGAAAAACUCGAUUUUGACUUUCGUGCCGAACACUGCGGAAAUCGCUUUAAACGGACUCAGCACAGAAAUCAACAAGGAAAAGUUGAUCCCGAUUGAGAAACUCAUUUUCAAAGACGCGAAGUUGCGAACGUUCAUCUCGCAAGAUGCAGGAAGAAAUCAACUAGCUUCCAACGCCUAUGAAUUAACUCCAGGAAUCGUGAUUCCCGGCGUCACCACUCUAGUAGCUUUAGAUGACAGCAUCGUUCGUGGAACGACUCUGAGGAUGAGUAUGAUCCCGCGAUUUGACAAUUUGAAGCCGAAACAGAUCCUCUUCCUCUCUAGUGCUCCGCAAAUCCGUUACCCUGAUUGCUACGGCAUUGAUCUGAGCCGGUUGGACAACUUGGUGGCUUUUCGAGCCGCUGUGGAAUUGUUGAAAGAGCGGAACAUGGAACACGUGUUACAUGAAACCUACGAAAAAUGUAUCCAGACCUUGCGUUCGUCUCCGCCAGAUGCCAGAGCGCAGAACUGGAUGAAGGACUCACUGCCGAACCACGUCAAGGCGAUCUAUGCGCCCUUCACUGAGGAAGAAGUUUCAGCGAAGAUCUCGGAAUUGGUCGUCGAUGCAGAAAAGGUGAAGACCCCAGUUCGAAUCCUGUAUCAGAGUGUAGAGGGGAUGAAGCGUGCGAUCCCGCAUUUUACCGGUGAUUGGGUCUUCACUGGUGAUUUCCCAACGAUGGGUGGAACUCUGUGUGCAUUGCAAGCAUUUGCGAACUUCUACGAAGGCAGCACUGCGCGAUCUUAUGGCAGAUCUGGGGAAUUGGAAGCUGUUGUGGUCAUCGGCAGUGGAGGACGCGAACAUGCUUUGGCCGUAAAACUGGCUCAGUCGCAUCAGGUCAGACGUGUCUACAUGGUUCCCGGCAAUGGUGGUGGUGGCAGGAAGAUCAAGAAUGCGGCACACGUUGCAUUGAAUGCGGGGAAUAAGUUUGAAGAAUUGCGCGAGUUCUGUAAGGAGAAGAAGGUUUCACUUGUAGCUGUUGGGCCAGAACAGCCUUUAGUCGAUGGAAUUGCAGAUAUCUUGCGCGCUGACGGCGUUGCGGUGUUUGGUCCAUCGAAGGAUGCGGUGAUUUUGGAAGAAUCGAAGGCGUUUUCUAAGGAUUUCAUGAGACGCCAUGACAUCCCUACGGCUGACUACGCGAUUUUCCGCAGACCUAGUGCCAGCACGCCUCCAAGCGAAGGCCACGCAGCCGGACUCGAGUACAUUGACAAGAACUGGCCAGUUGUUGUGAAGGCAAGUGGCUUGGCAGCGGGCAAAGGCGCGAUUGUGCCUAAGACGAAACAAGAAGCGAAAACGGCUUUCACUGGCAUGCUAGUCAAUGGCGAUUUCGGCGCUGCUGCUGACGAAGUCGUUCUCGAGACCAGACUGUCUGGCCGCGAGCUUUCCGUUCUCGCGUUGUCGGAUGGAAAAACUGUGAAGAUCCUACCUUUGGCACAGGAUCAUAAGCGGGCCUACGAUAACGACGAAGGACCGAACACAGGUGGCAUGGGAGCGUUUGCGCCGGUUACGGAUGUGUCGCAGGAAUUGCUCGAGUGGAUCAAAGUUCACUGUCUACAGAAAUGCAUUGACGGUAUGGCUGCUGAGGGUCGCCCCUUUGUCGGCGUACUUUUCGCGGGUUUGAUGCUGUCCGAGGAUCCAGAUGGCACAAUUGGUCGAGAAGUGAACGUAUUGGAGUACAACUGCCGAUUUGGAGAUCCGGAAACGCAGGCGGUGAUGCCUUUGCUAGAAGGCGAUUUGUAUCAGGCAUUGAGUUUCUGUUGCAAGGGAAAGUUGGAUCAGGUGCAUUUGCCGGUAUUGAAGGGCUUCUGUGUGGCUGUGGUGUUGGCGAGUGGUGGCUAUCCCGGAAGCUACGAAAAGGGGAAGAAAAUAUGUGGACUCGAGAAGCUGAACACGAUGCCAUCACUGCAGGCUUUCCAUGCCGGGACAACAAAGAAAGCGAACGAAGGGGGUUCGCCAGGUACUUACCUAUUUCUCCAACAUCCGCUCAUGAUCUCCUCCUACCACGGCGAUUUCUUGCACAUUUAGACGAAUAUUAUUCAAUAAAUACAUGUGAUUAAUGUAGUUCAUCUGGUUACCCUGCUGAAUGCCUCCAAUCCAUAAACAGCCACCGCUGAAAUCCGUACUUCUGGUGGCCGCGUUGCUGCUAUCUCAGCCGUUGGUCGUACGCUCGAACACGCAACCCGUCUCGCAUAUCUCGGUGUUGAACAAGUCUCUUUCGAGGGUUGCUUUUACCGCACAGACAUUGCUGGCGUCUUCAGACCUGAAGAGUUCACCCACUCACCCCUUCACUGUGAGCAUAAUGCUGCUUUCGUCUUGAGAACAAUUGGAGGUGGCGUUGCGUCGCCAGAUGAAGAGAACAAGACGUCAGGUGGUUCUUCAGCUUCUUGGUCUUCAAUCGAAGACUUAGAUGAACUCUCUGACGUUCCCGCGACAGGGUUGGAGGGAAAUUUGCAGCUUGUCGAUCAUCCUCCAACUAAGACUCCUCAGAAAAACACUGGUGCAAGCCAGAACAACCUCAACAAGACUAAAAAACCACUAACCUACAAAGCUGCAGGUGUGGACAUUGCGGCUGGCAAUGCGACAGUAGACGCGAUCAAGCCGUUUUUGCGCGGUACAGCUAGACCAGGAUGCAGUUUUGGCGAGGAACUCUCCUUUGGUGGUUUUUGUGAUUUGGCCAAACUGAAAUACAAGGAUCCAGUCCUGGUCUCUGGCACUGACGGUGUAGGAACGAAGCUUCUAGUCGCCACUAGUCUAGACAAACACGACACUGUCGGAAUCGACCUAGUCGCGAUGUGCGUCAACGACUGUCUAGUCCACGGUGCUGAGCCGGUCUUUUUCUUAGACUACUUCGCGACGGGAAAACUGACAGUUCAGCAAGCUGUGGACGUCGUCAAAGGCGUCACUGUGGGAUGUCGGCAAGCGAAUUGUGCCUUGAUUGGUGGGGAAACCGCAGAGAUGCCAGGCCUUUACAAGCCAGGAGACUACGACAUUGCUGGUUUCUCAGUUGGCAUUGUCGAAAGAAGCAAAAUUUUGCCUAAAACCGAUUCUCUAGUGGCAGGAACGAAGAUUCUAGGCUUAGCGUCGUCUGGCGUGCACAGCAAUGGGCUGUCGUUAGCAAGGAGAAUCGUCACCAGUGCUGUGAAUCCAGAGACGCGUGAAUCCUACACAUUUCUUGAUCCGGCUCCAUUUGAUGCGGAGAAAUCGAUCGGAGAUUACUUGCUAACCCCAACGCGCAUCUACAUCCGCAGUUUACUUCCUGUCAUGCAGAGCGGCAAAGUCCUCGCCGCUGCGCACAUCACUGGUGGUGGCUUGCUGGAAAAUAUUCCACGCGUACUUCCCUCAGACGUCGGCGCCGUUCUCAAAGCCGGAAGCUGGCCAUUACCUCCAAUCUUGAAAUGGCUCUACACUGAAGGCAAUUUAGACCCGAUGGAGAUGGCUCGAACCUUCAACUGCGGCAUCGGCAUGGCCAUUUUUGUCAAAGCCGAAGAUGCGGAUGAAGUGGCAGCUUCAUUGCGGCAAGCAGGAGAAGAUGUUUUCGAAAUCGGUAGUCUAGAAUCACCUCCUAGUACAACUAGAACAACUACAUCAACUUCUUCGCCAGAGCCAGCACAGCUACAACGAACUAGAUCCAGUAGCAAGAACACAGCGACAGUCGUCGGCGGAGAGGUCUGUUUGCUAGAUACAGAACUUGCUUGGGGCAGCAACGCAUUUGCUCCGCCUGGAAGGACGCAGAGUUGAAGAGCGUGGCGAGCAGCAGACAACAGAUAUUUGAAACCAUGAAUAGACUACACUAGUACAGGUACUCAUCCUCACUUCUUACCUUGUGUUUUUUGUUCCCUCCAGUUUCCAUUUCUGAGAAAUGGCCUAUAUCAUCAAGGUGCAGUAGGAAUUUCCAAUUCCUUUUAAUUUCUGUUUGUUUUGAAUAGCAAGACAUCUGACAUGAUUUUCCUUUGCGAAUAGUGAUGAAUAAUAACAACUUGGACAAUUUGGUCAUUACAGUAUCUAAGUAGUCAAUCUUUCGAAAGAUGGUUGUUGAGAUCGUCGCGUUUCAUGUGAUGUAUACUUCUAUAGUAUCCGGCAAGUCUUUUUUGUUGAAUUACAGCGAGCACUUAUCUAGAAAAAAUCUGAUUCAUUCUGAUGGAGUAACAAGAAAUGUUGACAUGAGCUCCUAAACUAUAAUAUUUCAAUCUUGUUCGACUUCCAACUACCACGCUAGAAGUGGAAGGAGUGUUUUUUUGCAGCAACGACCUUUCCAUGAUCUCCAGGGCCAGCUCAAUAAAAAGAAAAUAAAUGAUGAAAGGAAUUCAAUUUCAAUCAAAAUUGUUGAACAAGUGGACGAAAGCGAAAGUUUUGAUCUUUUGUCGAGCCGGUGUCCCGUGACUCGAUACAGUCGCGAACAGGAUGACGCGCGGACAUCCGUGGUACAACCUUUACUACUGUAACAUUUUAUAAUGAUGUGUUCAAGAUGAGGACUGAACCACGUACGAUCAUGCGAACGACAUACGAAUUGGAGGAGGUCGACGUGGUUCUUGCUUUAUAAUUUACUCAAAU